AUGCAAGAGAUCCUUGACGAUGCUGCACAUUUCGUCCCCUUGGCGCAUGACCCGACGGCUAAAGCGGAACGCUCUUUGGUGGACCACCUCCGUCAGUUAAAGAAGAAGGGCCACCUAGAUGAUGUCACCUACCGCCGCCUCUUCUCAUCGGACGGUGCUACUCCCAGAAUUUACGGCCUCCCUAAGAUACACAAGCCUGGGUGCCCUUUGAGACCGAUUGUCUCGUUCAUCGGGUCGCCGACGUACAACCUGUCCAAGUAUUUAGUAGAACUUGUGACUCCCGUUACCGGUAACAACAACCUGACGGUGCGCAACUCGAAGGAGUUUGUCGAGCUGGUCCGGACGCAGGCCCCAAGCAACAACGAUGUUAUGGUGUCAUUCGAUGUGGUGUCACUGUUCACCAACGUUCCGAAGGAUCUCGCGGUACAAGUGGCGGAGGACCGACUACGGAAGGACAGCACCCUGCCAUCACGGACGUCACUCACAGUUGAAGAGGUAGCUAUACUUCUGAGAUUCUGCCUCAAUCAAACUCAUUUCUGCUUCAACGGCAAGUGUUAUCACCAAAUCGAAGGAUGCCCUAUGGGAAGCCCUGUAUCAGUGACGCUAGCAAACUUGGUCAUGGAACACAUUGAAGAGACGGCCAUGGAACGGUUCUCCCGCCCAGUUAAGUUCUACCGGCGCUACGUAGAUGACACGUUCGUCAUCCUAGACAGGAACCACGUCGAGGAAUUCCACUCGGUUCUCAACUCCAUCGAAUCAUCGAUCAAUUUCACGUAUGAAGUCGAGCAGGGCGGCAAGCUUCCUUUCUUGGAUAUAUGUGUAUGCAGGGACAGUACGGGGAGCAUCCAUACGUGUGUCUACAGUAAGCCCUGCGAUACCGGCACUUUCCUAAGUUUUGAAUCACAUCACCCCACGGAACAUAAGCGAAGCGUGGUGCGAACUUUAUUGCAUCGUUCAGAGCAAUUGUCGUCUUGCAGCGAGCUACGGGCAUGUGAAGAUGCGACGAUCUCCGCUUCCCUGGACAAGCGAGGCUACCCACACAGGUUUAUUGAGGACACCCGGAAACGUAUGCAGCCACGUAAACCGCAAGAUGGGGAUCGCUCCCGCCUGACCCGGGUCACAAUUCCAUACGUCAAAGGCGUUUCAGAGUCUAUCCGCCGGGCACUACUUCCAUUGGAAAUCUGGACGACCUUCCGACCGCACGUUAAACUGCGCAGCCUCAUCUCCAAGCCAAAGGACAUUGUCGCCCCAGAAGACCAGUCUGGCGUGGUUUACAAGCUACAAUGUCUAGACUGUGACACGUGUUAUAUUGGCGAGACAGGCCGAAAAAGAAGGACCCGCAUAAAAGAACACAAGAGCGACGUCCGGAACGCCACACAUGCCACGCGACUUAAGACCGAACUCAGCGAGCAUUCUUGGAACACUGGGCAUUGUUUCGACUACGAUAACGCGGUGACCUUGGCACGCGAGCAAAGAUGGGGACCGAGGAAGCUCCUGGAAUCGUGGCACAUACGCGCUGAUCCCUUGCAUUGUAACAAAAACCGUGGCCCCCUUCCCGAACAAUACUGUCAUCUCCUUAAGUAG